AUGGUGGACGGUACGAAGCUUCCCAUCCACGGCGAAGCAACCUUGCAGCUGCAUAUAGGUGCGUUGAGAUGGAAGCCGAAGCUACCUGUUACCAACAUCAAAGGGUUAGAUUUUAUCUUGGGGCGAGAUUUCCUGAAGCGGUUCAACCCCGAGAUCGACUGGGUCAACAGCAAAGUGUGCAUCUACAACAACGGGAAGCGGAUAGCACUGCGAAGCUGGACGGAUACAGGGGACAUUCCUGAAACGACACUGGCACGGUUCGAACAGACGGUGAACGAGAGCAACACGGGUUACUUAGCACUGGUCAUGGCAGCAGCAGAAGAGGUGAAACCGGGUUCCGAGCUACCCGCAGCAGUAAAAGAGGUCUUGGAGCAGUACAAAGACAUCAUGCCCGAUGACCUACCUGCAGGCGUACCUCCUGCACGCACCCACGAGCACGAGAUCGUGGAGGAACCAGGUGCGAAACCCGUCUCACGUGCACCUUACAGACUGAGUCCGACCGAGCUGACAGACAUGAAAAAACAGAUCGAGUAUCUACUGGACAGACAACUGAUCCGACCAUCCACCUCUCCCUACGGCGCACCAGUUCUCUUCACACCGAAACCAGACGGCAGUUUACGGAUGUGCAUCGACUACCGCGCACUGAACAAACAGACAGUCAAAAACAAAUACCCCAUACCGCGCAUCGACGACUUACUAGACCAACUGCGUGGUGCAACAGUCUUCUCGAAGCUGGACUUACGGUCGGGUUACUGGCAGAUCAAGAUGGCGGACAACUCGAUCCACAAAACGGCAUUCCGUACGAGAUACGGCUCCUACGAAUACUUAGUGAUGCCGUUCGGACUCUGCAACGCACCAGCGACGUUCCAGGCGGAGAUGAACCAUAUCCUACGGCCCCUGCUGGACGAGUGCGUAGUAGUAUACCUGGACGAUAUCCUCAUCUACUCCAAGAACAUGAAGGAGCACGUGGAGCAUCUGCGGAAGGUGUUCGAGAUCCUGCGGAAGAAUAAGUUCUACGUGAAGCUGUCGAAGAGCGACUUCGCACUGGAGAAGGUGCAGUUUCUCGGGCACAUGGUGAGUGCCAAGGGCGUACACGUGGACCCGCGGAAAAUUGAAGCCGUUAAAAAGUGGAAGGUUCCGGAGAACGUGAAAGAGUUGCAGCAGUUCCUCGGCUUCGCCAACUACUACAACAGGUUCGUGCCACAGUACGCUAAGAUAGCAGCGCCACUGACCGACCUACUGAAAAAGGACACGCCCUUCAAAUGGGGUGCUCCUCAUCAGCAAGCCAUGGAACAGCUACAGACAGCACUGACCACAGCGCCAGUACUCAUCCUACCGGACCCCGACAAGGACUACGUAGUUGAAGCAGACGCUAGUGACCAGGCAGUCGGAGCAGUACUGAUGCAGGAUCACGGGAACGGUUUACAGCCUAUCGCCUACCUCAGUAAGAAGCUACACGGAGCAGAACAUAACUACCCCAUUCACGACAAGGAAGCCUUAGCCAUAGUCGUAGCCUUCAAGGCGUGGAGGUGUUACCUUGAGGGAGCCAAGACCACAGUCUAUACAGACCACUGCAGUCUCAAAUACCUGAAGUCGCAACCGACGCUCUCACGACGACAGGUGCGGUGGGUGGAUUUCUUGGAGACUCACUUCCACUACGACAUCGUCUACAAACCCGGGCUCCACAACAAGGCUGACGCGUUGAGCCGCCCAGGUCAUGUAGCAGGCAUCCAGCUCGACGGUAUGAACCCUCUGCUGCAGGGUCUAUUCCAACAUGGGUACUCCGUGGACGGCGAGAUAGCAACGGCAGAGAAACAGAAGUUGUUACAGUGGGAGAAAGACUUAGCGGUAAGGAAGGGUUCAGGAAAGAUUUGGGUACCGAAUUACGCCCCGCUACGGCAGAUCCUAUUGGAGGAGUUUCACGACGUACCAUACGCGGGACAUUUCGGGAGCAACAAAACGUUAGCGGGAAUAGCGAAGUAUUACUACUGGCCUCGGAUGGCAGCAGACGUGCAGCAGUUCGUCACCUCCUGCGACACGUGCCAGCGGAUGAAGAGUAGCAAGCAGAAAAAAGCAGGGUUACUUCAGCCUCUACCCGUACCGGAGCAGCCAUGGCAGGUCGUUAGCCUCGACUUCAUCACGGGACUUCCUUCGACCUCACGGGGACAUGACUCUAUCCUCGUAGUCAUCGAUAAGUUCUCAAAAAUGGGUCACUUCAUACCGACCAACGCCACAGCUACAGCUGAAGCAACUGCUCGACUCUUCUUCGACCGCAUCAUCACCAUCCACGGCAUCCCCACUACACUCAUCUCAGACAGAGACCCAAAAUUCACGAGUAAGUUCUGGAAGGAGCUUAUGGGAUUGUUGGGGACUAAGCUUGCGAUGUCUUCAGCAUACCAUCCCCAGACUGACGGACAGACAGAGCGACUCAAUCAGGUGGUUGAACAGUUACUGCGCACAGCUUGCAAAGACGACAUCAGCCACUGGGAUACACAGUUACCGACCCUAGAGUUCGCUUACAACAACGCGUCGCAUGCGGCCACAGGGAAAACUCCUUUCUUCCUGUGUUACGGACGAGAACCACUCACCCCACAGCAGCCAACCACACCGGCACACGUCCAAGCCGCACACGACUUCGUCACCACCAUGCAGCAGCUAUGGGAGAAGACUCAGCGACGUCUCACCACGAUGCAGAACUCCCAGAAGCAGUAUGCCGAUCGUCAGCGACGAGAUCACUCAGUAGUAGUCGGAGAUCAGGUGCUUCUUGACACGCGCAACUUGAACCUGUCUCACCUCCCAUCCAAACUCUGGCCUCGCUUCUGUGGUCCUUUUCUCGUAGAGGCACAGGUGACACCAGUUACAUUCCGCUUGCGCUUACCAGAUACGUGGAAGCUUCACAACGCUUUCCAUGUUCAGCUACUGAAGCCCUACAAGGACCCCAACCAACAGUUCCAGGGACACCAGCUACCGCCACCACCACCUGUUCUUGUGCAGGAUGAACCCGAGUACGAGAUCGAGCGCGUUCUCACUCAUCGGCGCCGCGGCGGCAAGACCCUUGAGUUCCUGAUACGCUGGAAGGGAUACGACCCCACUGAGGACAGUUGGGUUGCAGAAGCUGAUAUGGGCAACGCACGCCGUGCUCUCAAGGAUUAUCUUGUCAAGCAGGGUGUAUCUCACGCCACCCAGCUUUGA